ACAGAUGCCACUAUGCGACAACAUGUGAAUCUAAUGAUUCCGCUGUGCAACGUUGUGUGAUCAGAUUAAUAGGUGUUUGUAUAUGUGUCAGAAGUACUGUACUGCUAAAACAUAAACCGUAUUUUUCCGUCAAUAGUUAACCUUUUCAUACGCCUGUUAACGGUGGUCUUUUACACAGCUGAAGUUGAUAGGUUAGCAAACUCAUCACAGGCUAAGACCCAGUCCAGUCGAAGUAGCCUACCUGUAGUUUACUUAUUCCUUUGAAGUGACAUAAACUUGAAUGAGAUGUUGUACUUAAUCGGACUUGGCCUCGGGGAUGCUAAGGACAUCACUGUGAAGGGUCUGGAGGUUGUGCGGCGUUGCAGCCGAGUGUAUUUGGAAGCCUACACGUCCAUACUGACAGUUGGGAAAGAAGCUCUGGAGGAGUACUAUGGCCGUGAGCUGAUUCUGGCGGAUCGGGACAUGGUGGAACAGGAGGCAGCUGAGAUCCUGAAAGACGCCGACACUGAAGACGUGGCCUUCCUGGUGGUGGGGGACCCAUUUGGUGCCACCACACACAGUGACCUGGUGCUGAGAGCAGUGGAUGCUGGGAUAGCGUACCGCGUCAUUCACAACGCAUCCAUCAUGAACGCAGUGGGCUGCUGUGGACUCCAGCUGUAUAACUUUGGGGAGACAGUGUCCAUCGUGUUCUGGACAGACACCUGGAGACCCGAGAGCUUCUACGACAAAAUCAAGAGGAACCGAGACACCGGGAUGCACACACUUUGCCUCCUCGAUAUCAAAGUCAAAGAGCAGUCCUUGGAGAAUCUCAUGAGGGGCAGAAAGGUGUAUGAUCCUCCACGCUACAUGACUGUUGCCCAGGCUGCAAGCCAGCUGCUCGAGAUCAUUCAAAACCGGCGCCAACGAGGGGACGAUCUUGCACUGACAGAGGAGACGGUGUGUGUGGGUCUGUCCCGCGUGGGUGCAGACGAUCAGCUGAUCCGGGCGGGCUCGCUGCGUGAGCUGGCGUCAUGUGACCUGGGAGCUCCGCUGCACUCCAUGGUCGUCACGGGACACCUGCACCCGCUGGAGGUUGACAUGCUCCGCCUCUUCUGCUCAGAGACCAAUGGGCUGCAGGACCUGAAGAUGACGGACAGCUCCACCUAUAUUUCAUAGCCAGCCACACCGGGGGAAGGCCUUGGGUGCAACACACACACACACACACACACACACACACCCUAUGGUGGAGCAGAGUUCCAUUAAAGUCUAUGGCCUCUGCGCUGCAUAAAGUGGGGGGGUUGACACCCUCCCCGCUGUGCGAUUUGGGUUUGCGGAAGUGGCUGCUGAUGAAGUACCCCGCUGCACCUGAACAACGUUAUAUUAAUAUCCCGCUCCGCCAUAGUGAUGUUUGAUAAGAGGAGGAAGGAGCACGCUACCAGGAGGUGUGUGUUGUGAAGAUCUAGGACUUUCAGAAAAUGUUGUGAAGAUGUUUCUUGCAUGUUGCGUGGGUGUUGAGAUUGUUGUGAGAGCGUUGCGUGGGUGUUGAGAUUGUUGUGAGAGUGUUGGGUGAGUGUUGAGAUUGUUGUGAGAGUGUUGGGUGAGUGUUGAGAUUGUUGUGAGCAGGGUUGGAUGUGCGUGGGUGUUGUGAGAGCGUUGCGUGAUUGUUAUUGUGUAAGCGGUGUUGCAUGGAUGUUGAGUGUUGUGUGUAAGAGCUGUGUUGGCAAGGAAAGCGUGUGUGUGUGUGUGUGUGGAGCUGACCAGAGGGCUGCAGACCUCCCUGGCUGUUAUGAGGUCUCCAGAGGGGUCAUUAGCUCAGGGUCAGCCUCAUCACACUCCUCUGGAUGGGAAGGGGUAUGUGUGUGAGUAGAUGUGAGUGCAGAGUGAUUGUGUGUGCUCGUGUGUGUGUGUGUGAGCGAGCAUGCCAAAUAGAGAGUGAGGGUGUGACGUCCUGGAAAUGCCUUUACUGAGACAGGAAACGAGGAGAGCACAGGGACAGGCCACAGCCCUCAGGUUCGGACAACACACACACACACACACACACGUGUUUGCAAAACAACCGUUAAAAAAUAUACCUGUAUGUGUGUUUGUGUGCACAUU